UCUCCAAGCAAACGCGAUCGUCUUCGGCGGCCGAGACAGGCGGGUCCAGCGCCGCUGCAACAGGAUUUGAUAUUCCGCCGUUUUCAUUGGCUAGCAUCCACGAAUCACCGUCGUGAUCGAAGGCCAUUGGCUAAAAUUCGGCUUCGUUUCCUAGCGUUGUGUUCGUGGCCAAACGAGACAUGGGCAGCAAGCGCAGCGCGGACGAGAUGGAGGCGACCGCGCCGACGGACGCGACGGCUGCUGGCGACGAGGCCAUGACCACGUACGUUUCUGUGGAGCUAGUAGACUUUGCCGAGUUCCCGAUCCUCGACAAGCACGAGACGCUCGAGAUCGAAGGCCUCGAGUCCGAGACGCCGAUUUUGCGCAUUGGCGACUUUACGCUCUACGGCGUGUACGAAGAUGCGAUUGGCACCGACGUCUUCUACGACCUCCAGUCGAGUGAGAAGAAGACGCUGCAUGCCAUGAGCAAGCGGCUCAAGUUUACAAUCGCGCCCAAAGACAAGGAAGCCUUCCAUAAGAAGACCAUCAAGGUCGUUUGAGAUGUGUAUAGCG